AUGUUCAAGAAUCUCUUACGUUAUCUGAGACCAGCAUCUAAAAAUGUGACAGCCUUGAGAGGGUUGGCUACAAGUGCUGUACCUGAGAAGCAAGUUAAGACUUUCCAGAUCUACAGGUGGAACCCAGACACUCCAGAAGUUGAGCCACACAUGAAGACGUACGAGGUAGAUUUGAAUGAUUGCGGUCCUAUGGUGUUAGAUGCCAUCUUGAAAAUCAAGAACGAACAAGAUUCUACUUUGACUUUCAGAAGGUCCUGUCGUGAAGGUAUUUGUGGCUCUUGUGCUAUGAACAUCGGUGGUAGAAACACUUUGGCAUGUUUAUGUCGUAUAGACAAGGACACAUCCAAGGAUUUAAAGAUUUACCCAUUGCCACAUAUGUUUAUUGUCAGAGAUUUGGUUCCUGACUUGACUCACUUUUACAAACAAUAUAAGUCGAUUCAGCCUUGGUUGCAAAGAAAGGACCACCCUGCUGACGGUCGUGAAAACUUGCAAAGUAUCGAAGAUAGAGAAAAGCUUGACGGUUUGUACGAAUGUAUUUUGUGUGCAUGUUGUUCAACUGCUUGUCCAUCUUAUUGGUGGAAUCAGCAGGAGUACUUGGGACCCGCUGUCUUAAUGCAAGCUUACAGAUGGUUAGCAGACUCUAGAGACCAGGCCUCUAAAGCAAGAAAAGAACUUUUACAAAACUCUAUGUCAUUGUACAGAUGUCAUACUAUUAUGAACUGUGCAAGAACUUGUCCAAAGGGUUUGAAUCCAGGUAAGGCCAUUGCAGAAAUCAAGAAAGAAUUAGCUUUCGAUUAA